AACGGAACGGAACGGAACGGGCCGGGCGGCGGGCGCAGCCAUGUCCUUCUGCUCCUUCCUGGGGGGAGAGGUGUUCAAGGACCACUUCCAGCCGGGUAUUUACGUGUGUGCCAAGUGUGGCCAUGAGCUCUUCUCCAGCCGGGCCAAGUACGAGCACUCGUCGCCGUGGCCGGCGUUCACCGAGACCCUGCGCGGGGACAGCGUGGCCAAACGCGAGGAGCGCCCGGGAGCCCUAAAGGUGACGUGUGGCAAGUGUGGCAACGGGCUGGGCCACGAGUUCCUCAACGAUGGGCCCAAGAGGGGCCAGUCCCGCUUCUGAAUAUUCAGCAGCUCGCUGAAGUUCCUCCCGAAAGGUAAAGCUGACCUGACGGAAAAAUAAGUGAGCUGCUGCACCUGGCACUGCCCUGGGCUAAUCCUGCCUUCACUCCUUGGGAUGUGCUGUCCUGCCAAGAGGACCCACAGCAGGAGCAACCCUGAGGAAGCUCCUGCUCCGAGUUUUCCCCUGAUUUCCUGGUCACGGUUUCCCCUUGGUUUCCCUGUCAAGGUUUUAUUCCCUGAUUUCCCUGUCAGGGUUCCCCUGUUUUCCCUGUGCCAGUUCCCCUCAAUUUCUCUGUUAUGGUUCUCCCCUGGUUCCCCUGUCCUGGUUCUCUC